AUGGAGAAAGGAGUGAAACUGAUGUUCUAUAACGAGGCUAGUAAUGAACUUUCAAUCCCAAAGCGAACAGUGGUUGGAACCAUCAAUAGUGUUAGUUCAAUCAUGGAACUUGCGUUGUCACCUCAUGUACCUGAAGUUAGACAUCAGUUACAGGGGAGAUGGGAUCCACCUGUUAGUUUAGAAGGACUAGGACUUACCACACAACAAGAAGGCAAAAUCCGUCAGGUGCUAAGGGAGGAAUGUGACGCUUUCUCUAGGGGAGAUGACGACAUUGGCCAUGCUACUGACUUGGAACUUACCAUUCCUUUGAAAGAUACUACCCCAGUACAAGCCUCAUAUAAUUCAAUCCAAAGCCCGCUUUACCAAGAAGUGAAGGACUAUUUAACUGAUCUUAUAGACAAGCAUUUCAUACGCAAGUCAAAUUCACCAUAUUCGAGUCCAAUGGUAUAUGUGGGCAAGCGUGAUGGUACCUUACGCCUGUGCAUUGACUGUCGGAAGGUAAAUACCAAGACAGUGAAACAGGCAGAACCUAUUCCAAGAAUACACUUUAAACCAGCUGUCGGGAAGUCGAUGGUUUACAGUUCUGGACGAAGGAAAAGCCUAUCACCAAGGGAACAUGUCCGAAUCAAGCAAGCCAGUAACAGCCUUUGUGACUCCAUGGAGAUUAUAUGA